AUGAGGCAUCAGUAAAAAUGGAGGAAACCAUAUCUCGCAUAAUCACAGAGCUUGAGGAACUCCGUCACCAUGACAUCCGAAGUGAUCCGCAACCACCACCGCUUUCCCUACAGAGUUUAUUGGAUCUCCAAUCCCUUCUCGACGAUGCCCAUUAUGCCAAUGAAUCAGAACUCUUGGACCGCCUCUACGAUGAGCUCUCAUCCAAGAAUCUAUCUCCGUCACUGCUCAUCCAGCCAAUUGCCUCCGCAAUGGACUCAGGCCCCGUCAACGUCUCGCUUGCAGCCUCUAAGGUGUAUCUCUCCUUGCUCUUGUCCCCGAAUGCUCCCGUUUUCACCCUCUUUACUCCAAUGUCUUUCCUCUCUUUUCUUCGUUCUAUUCGUCGGUCUUUAAAGCAUCGGCCAGCAAGCCAGUCCAAUCUCGAUGAGCCGACCACGGGUUCCCAAAGUGCCGCCUAUCGGAAAAGGAAGCUUGGUGGGCGAGGCAAGGCGUCUAGGAAAAAUGCACGAAACUCGCAAAAUAAUGAUAACGACGGCGAAGAAUGCGAAUUUGAUGCGAUGUUUUUGCUUCCUGUAUUGGAGAAGUUAGUGCUCGCUAUGGAUUUGAUUCAUUUGGAUCGAUUUCCGGAUAGUCUGAAGUCUUUGGUUCAAACAAUGGCCGAUAUUCCCGUAUUGGCUCUUGAAUUAUGUAGAAAUGCGGGUCAGUAUAACCAACUGGCAAAUUCGUGCUUGCGAGUACUGAGGGAAGUUUUGAGGCCCGAACAUGGAGACCCUGGUAAUACAGCGGCGGAGGUGUUGAAGUCAUUAUCAUCACUGAUUCUCAUGCCCAAAUCACAAGCAAGAACAUUCGCUUUAGGCUUCAUCACGAGCCAAAUGAUGAGCUUAACUAAGGCGUCUGAGGGAGUGAAAAAAGCAGUGAUUAAUUUUCCAAGGUAUUUGACCAACAAGGCUCCGGAUAAGUCUGAACCUCGAGCUUUGGCCGUGGAGUCCAUCAUGGAAAUCGCUGGUGUCAUGGCACUGGAGGACCAAAUUGGAUUUGUGAAAUUCGUGGUUCAAAUGGCUCAUGGAAAAUCAAAUCUUAGGCUUUUAGCCGUUGAUCUUAUUUUGAAUCUAGUGACGUCGUUGAAAGAUCCAUUGGGUGUGAAUUCAGAAAAUGAAAUGAAAGAACCCUGGGGAAUUUGUUGCUUGGAGGCAUUGGUGAAGCGCUGUUCAGAUGUGAGUGCUGCGAUACGUGCUCGCGCUUUGUCAAACCUAGCGCAGCUGGUGGGGUUUCUUUCAAGUGAUGUGAAGUGUGUAGUGGUUUUGAGAAAUUUUAUGGAAUCUGUUACAGUUAGAGAUGAAAAUGUUGAUGCUGGGAUAAAUAAUAUUCUGAGGAGAAGGUGCAUGGAUGAUAAAGCAGCUGUCCGGAAGGCUGCUCUUCUUCUAGCUACCAAGUUAACUACUCUUCUCGGCGGUGCCAUUGAUGAAGUGGUGCUCAAGACAAUGGGCAUGGCUUGUUCGGAUCCUCUUAUUAGCAUACGGAAAGCAGCAAUUGGAGCUCUCUCAGAGGCUUUCAGAACAUUCUCUGAUAAGACCGUAUUAACUGAAUGGUUACAUGCAGUUCCUCGUCUAAUAACUGAUAAUGAAUCUAGCAUUCAAGAAGAAUGUGAGAACUUGUUUCUAGAGCUGGUUUUGGAGCGGAUAUCUCAGGCUGCAUCUACUCCUUCAUAUGGUGGAUCCAUAUGUAACGCUAGCGUGGAGGGAAAAAGUUUAGACACUGAGAUGGAGGUGCUUUUUCCUGAGGGUGUUCUGUAUCUUCUGAGUGCGAUUUGUGACAGAGAGGUGACCCCUUGGGUAAAGAAAAUUUGCACAAACCUGGGCAAGAAGAAACGGCUCAAGAACAAACUUGUUGCUGCACUUCAAAAUAUAAUCAAAGUGUCAGAGUCUAUCUGGCUGAGUCAAUCCUUGCCAAUAGAGAAAUGGAUAGCCCCGCCUGGUGCUUGGUUUCUAUUAUCAGAGGCGUCGGCAUACCUUUCAAAAGCAAUUGACUGGGAGUUUCUUCAUCAUCAUUGGCAGCUUCUUGACAAAAAUGCAAUUUUAGGCGAGUGUAAGAGCCCCUUUGAUGAAGGAGAUGCGUUUGUAGAGGAAGAAAAUUCAGAACGAAAUUCCGUUGCUUGGGCUAGCGACCGAGUUUUCCUCUUACAAACAAUCUCUAAUGUUUCUUUGGAGCUGCCUUCUGAACCUGCGGCUGAUUUGGCUCAUAACUUGCUCAUACGGAUUGAAGAAUUUAACAUGCAUUCAACAGAGGUUGAUGCUCAUGUGAAAGCACUUGCAACGUUGUGCAAACGAAAGGCCUCGAAUCUCACGGAGGCAGAAGGACUCGUCAUGAAAUGGGUUCACCAAGUUCUCUUAAAAGCUUCGAAAAUAAUUGAUAAGUUUAUUUCAGAGCAUUCACAGAAAAACAGAGAAAGUGGCUUUUUCACACCACCAAGAUCUGGGAGUCGAAGAGACAAGAAAUCAAUGGCAUUCUCCAAGUCAUUGCCAGAAGCUAUUACAGCAAUAUACACAAUCGGCACUUUGGUGGUUGUUUGCCCAUCUGCUGAUAUGAGCACUGUGGUUCCAUUGAUACACACAAUUAUCACUUCAGGGAGUUCUGAUCCUAAAUCAAAUAAGUUUCUGGGCCCUACAACUACAACCUCUCUAAAGCAGACAGCCCCUUCUCUGUAUAUCCAAGGGUGGCUAACCAUGGGGAAGCUCUGCCUCGCUGACGGGAAGCUUGCUAAAAGUUACAUACCUCUGUUUGUCCAGGAGCUUGAAAAGAGUGAAUUUGCAAGCCUUCGCAACAACCUUGUAGUGAUGAUGGCAGAUUUUUGUGUUCGAUACACUGCUCUUGUUGAUUGCUACAUACCAAAGAUUACGAGAUGUCUCCGUGAUCCAUGUGAGCUGGUGAGAAGGCAGACUUUUAUUUUACUCUCCAGGUUGUUGCAGAGGGAUUAUGUGAAGUGGAGAGGAGUGCUAUUCCUUCGGUUUCUUUUAUCACUUGUUGACGAAUCGGAAAAGAUAAGACACUUGGCAGAUUUUCUCUUCGGAAAUAUUUUGAAAGUCAAGGCUCCUCUCCUAGCAUAUAACAGCUUUGUGGAGGCCAUUUUUGUUCUGAACGAUUGCCCUGCCCACAAUGGACAUAAAGAAUCCCAUGGUCCAGGAAAAGACGGCCGACUUUUUUCCAUCAGGGGCAACGAUGAAAAUUCAAGGUCUAAAAGAAUGCACAUUUAUGUUUCCUUGCUAAAACAAAUGGCUCCUGAGCACCUCCUAGCAACCUUUGCCAAGUUAUGUGCAGAGAUUCUUGCUGCGGCUUCUGAUGGAAUGCUGAAUAUAGAAGAUGUAACUGCACAGUCUGUUCUACAGGAUGCGUUUCAUAUUCUCGCUUGCAAAGAGAUACGAAUCUCAUCGACGCGCUUAUCGGCGUCUGAAUCAGCAGACAUUGAAGAGGAAGCCGGGGCCGAUAAUGGAGCUGCAUCGAGAGGGAAGGCCAUAACUCAAAUUGUGAAGAAGGGUCUUAUUCAGAACACAGUCCCCAUCUUUAUAGAGUUAAAACGGAUAUUAGAAAGCAAGAACAGUCCCCUUAUAGGAUCACUCAUGGAGUGCUUGCGAGUCCUUCUCAAGGACUACAAAAAUGAAAUUGAUGACAUAUUAGUUGCUGACAAGCAACUACAGAAAGAGCUUAUCUAUGACAUGCAGAAAUAUGAAGCAGCCAAAGCCAAAGCCGCAGUUUCCACCAUGCCAAAAUCAAGUGCACAUCGAUCCCCUGAAGCUUCUGCGACUCUGGCCAAGACUCAUCGACAAAGUAAUCUCAAAGAUAAGCGUGAGAAUAGUAAAACAGUUGCUUCUGCAAUGGCGGAUGCAGCCGCUGCAGCGACAGCUCGUGCUGUGCUCAGGGAAGUGAACAAGGGGACGGCAACACCGCCACUGAGUUCUUUGGGUGUGCCUAAGGUGAAGUCUCGAACGAUUGUGUCAGGUUCAGUAAGUAAUGGGCACUCAGAUGUUAUAGAAUCUUUGAGGAAAAGACAAUCCUUCGACUCUGACGAAGAAAACUAGCAUCACAAAGAUUGGAUCUUUAUGAGACAAGCAAAGUCAAGAGCCGAUUUUUCAGCCUGGCCCAUGACCGGGUUUAGAAGGUUGGUGUACAUAUAGUUUAUGGAAAUAUUGUUUAGUUCUGGAACUCGGCUUAAUUUGAAGACGGCGUUAAAGAGGCUAAGAGCACCUUUUCAUGGGGCGCUUUCUGGGUGCUUCUCAGGGCACGUACCAAGUUAUCAACUCUACUUGAUUAACGUAGAUUCACUAGCAUAGGCUUGAAGUCUAGUCUGAUAAAGAAUGUAGCAUUGUAGUAAGUAGAGAGAUUCAAUUCUCAGGUUGGAAACAUUCGUCUUAUGAACGUCAUUUCCUUCGGAAGCU